AUGCAGUUUGGAAAGGCACUCGGAACUGCAUGCAGUUCGUUCGCUAUUACCAAUAUCGAUGACAUGUUUGUCCUGGUCACAUUCUUUGCGGAGGCGUCUGCCAACAGAACAGCCGUGACUCCUCUCAAGAUUACUGCUGGUCAGUAUCUCGGGUUCACAGUCAUCGUCGUCAUCAGUAUGAUUGGUUAUGGUGCCUCGCUGUUAAUACCGUCUGAGCCUAUCGGGUUUCUCGGUCUCUUGCCCAUUCUACUGGGCAUUUGGAAGCUCUUUGAACAUCUCUUCCCUGGGGAGGAUGAAGAAUCGGAGAAAACAAAGAUUGCCAGUGCGAAGAGCAUACUCAAAGUCUCAGCCAUCACAGUGAUGAACGGGGGAGACAACAUCGGAACAUAUAUACCGCUGUUUGCGCAAGCAAAGGGAGCAGAAAUAGCGGUAUACGUUGUCACUUACUACAUCUUAGUCGGAGUGUGGUGUCUCGUUGCGUUCCUGAUUAUGAAGCAGAGGCAUAUCUUGCGCAUGGCUGAGAAAUAUGCCAGUGUGGUGGUCCCGUUUCUCUACGUGGGCCUCGGCGUGUACAUCAUCGUCAAGUCAUCGUGCUACCCGUGGUCGAUCGAACACAUUAACGAUUCAACUUCUACGCACCUGGGACAAACUGUUAUGGCUGUUGUGACAACAGUUCUCCUUUUGGCAUGCAUAGGCGCUAUGUUAUGGUCCAAGCUGCGGAAAGGAGCUUCUCAACAUCCUGACUCUGACCUUUCUCAAGGAAAUAGUCCUCCUCCUACUGCUGAAACUGAGCUGUCAAGCACACAUCCCCCGUCCUAA